AUGACGGAGAUUGAAGAUGUAGACAGGAUUAGUAGCUUACCGGAUGAGAUUCUCACUCAUAUCCUCUCUUUCAUGCAUACGAAAGAAGCUGUUGCAACAAGUGUAUUGUCCAAAAGAUGGGAGUUUAUUUGGACAAGAGUCCCUGUUAUCGACUUGUUUGAAUAUAAAAUAAUGCAAUCGUCAUUAAGUUUCAAAGCUUUUGUUGACAGGGUUCUGAUCCUUAAUGAUGCACCUUUCUUACGACUCUUUCGACUUCACUUCAGGAAUGAUAUUGAUAUCUUGCAUUUCUGUUCAUGGAUGAGGAAUGUUAUGAGACGUAACAUCUUUGAAAUUGAGGUUGGGUGCAUGCCAUUACCAAAAAAGAUUACAAGACCAUUAAAGGGGAAUCUUGUGAGUGAGAAUCUCAAGAAUUUGGGGAGUGUUUGUUUCCGUUCUUCUUCAUUAAGGAGAUUGGAGAUGCAAGAUAUUGUGACCCGAUUGCAGAACCCAACUGUAAUAAUUGAUGCUCCAAGUCUUGAAUAUCUGUUUAAUUAUAAUCAUGUUUCAGACAUUAAGGCUCUGUUUGGAGAACCAUUUCAGCCUAAGUUGAAGAUUAACGCCCCGUCAUUAGCUGAAGCUCAGUUUCGUAUACGGGGUUAUGGACUGGUGGAAAUGUUGAAGCAAAUUCCCAGCUUGAAAACUUUAGAUAUAGUCACUACAGAAUGGUUCCAUGAUUUUGCUGGGGAACUACGAGCUGUGAAUCAACUUCCCAUAUUUCCUAAAUUAACAUGUUUAGAUGUCGGUUCUUGGUUGUCUAAUAAGCAUCCUUCACAUUUAAUGAUGCUCGUUCUGCUAUGUGAACAUGCACCCAACCUUGUGUCACUUAAAUAUGGGGUUAAGCGUCUGAUGUUAGAUCGUAAAAGGGAGGAGCCGUCUGAUCUGCCUCCAACUGUGGUGCCCAAGUGUUUGUCAUCAACGCUUAAAGUCAUUGACAUUUACAGCUAUCAAAUGAUUGAUCAUGUUGUGACAAGGUACUUGUUACAAUAUGCAACGGUAUUACAAAUCAUCAGGAUCCAUUUGAAGAGGUCCUCAAUGAAGGAGAUCGAUGCAAUUUCAAAGUUAAUGGAGAUUCCUAUUGCUUCAUCUGUUUGCAAAAUUGUAAUUUGUAGAGAUCCUUCAAACCUCUAG